GAUGAGGCUAAAUAAACCAUGUGGGUGGUGUAAAUCUCAUAUGGACUGUGUGACUGUAAGAGGAGGAGAGACGAUCUGGGAGGCAGAAGAGAGACUGUCUAAAAAUAAACUGACAACCAGCAGCAGCAGAAAAACCUCAAUACAUAUCAACAGGGGAAAAAGACCUCUCUUUCACCCUGUUUGAAUCUUUCUCUGCUCCGUUUCUGUGUCCUCAUUAAGUGAGGAGAGGAGGUCAUGUCCCAGUCUGGAAAAGUUCUUCAUCUGUUUGUGGAAGUGAGGUCUGCCCCAGAUCAGAAAGGAGUGAAGGAAGGAGGGAUUACUCACAAUAUUCCAGCUGAAGACGGUCCUGCAGAACACCUCACCCAGGAAGGGAGCCAGACUGCACCAGGAGGGACUCCCUCAGGUCCACAACGAGUUCAGGACCAGAAUCACAGAUCAUCUCAAAACGCUGUUAACUUUCAGCUCCAAACAGCCAGCAGCUCACCUGCAGUUACCAAACGUUGGAGCUCACCUCUCUACUCAUCCCCGUACUCCAGAAGUAUCGGCGUCCCCUACACUCCUCCCGAUGGCCAGCGAUCUGUGGUCAGCUUCAGUUAUGUUGAAAAGUCCAACGUAAAGACAGUGGAGAGUUCAGGUAAUUCCAUGUGCGAGAGACAAGCGAGCGAUGAGCAAUCCACCCCAUCCCAAUUUCAAAAGCGCCUCAGUGACCAAUUAUGGUUUGAAAGCCCCGGUUCCUCGUGCAGCUCGAGCCCAAAACAGAGUUUCCGAUCCCCAAAUAGUCACCAGCAGACAUUUUCCCAUGGUCUUCGACAGCUGCGCUUGGAUCCCAUUGGAAGAGCAGCAACGCAGAGAGCCGUGGAAGAGUUUGGUUCUCCCUUACUGAGGAUUAAACUAGCCCACGCACUCGAGCAAGCUUCUUCCUCACACUACAACCAGCAGCAGCGCUGCCAUUCCUGGGCCGGGUCUCCUGUCCAGCAUCAGAAGAUCAGCGCGAAUCCCAGAGAUGUCACAGAUACCAGCGAGAGGAUUCAUGGAUUGCAGAACCUCCCUGGAUCAGACCAUCCCUCCUCCAUUUCUAGAAAGUCCUUAGAGUCAAGGUUUUCUGCCGACCUUCGUUGCCCUCUUCAGAGUUCAGGAGAGCAUGGGACUGUGGCACAAAGUCCAGCUAUCAAAAGACACAAAGAAACUCCUCUGCAGGGAUUAAACCUCCAACCAGGCAAUAAGGGAGAUGAAGGUUUGAACCAGUUAAGUGGCAGCAAAUCUUCAUCUCCAGCUCAUAGUCCUGAGGUUGCCCGUAGGCUAGCAGAGGAGGCUUCCAAGGUAUCUUCAAUGUUCACAGAGGCCAGGAGGUCUUCUUUGCACAACCCAUCAGGCAUGAGCAGCUCACACCUUGGAGAGUCUUCUCCAAAUGCACAGCACUUUAAGCAAAUGCUGAAGAUGAACAUCCCUUUAAAUGAUCAACACAUGCCAGCAACUGAAAACAUAGUGUCUCACCAGCCGGAAAGCUCCAACACGCAUCAUGGCACACAUCAGGAGGACCGGAUUCAGAAGACCCAGCCUCAGAGCUCAGUUUUAUCCGCACAUCAGAACUCCCCCGCCCUCCCCUCAAGGGUCCUCCGUCCUUCUCAUCCUCCUACUGAGAUCGGCUCUCCCAUCAGAGACCCUCGGCUUUCUCAAGCUGAACUCCGUGCACCAGACAGCCCCACCCUGCAUCGCUGCCAGCCUCCUCAGUACACCGGAGACUCCUGGUCCCCAAGUCUGGACAAAAGAGGAGACCUGACAUGUUUCGAGAAAGGAGACUGCAUAGAGCUUUCACGUAGGCUCUUCAUUAAUCAAAGCGUUGAAGAGGGACCGGUCAGCUGGACAUCCAGACAGCAGUCCAGGAACCAGUUAGAGAACUGCUCCAAGUCUGGGUUUGAGUCCAGCAGUCAACAGCAAACCAGUCGACCGAGGCGGGCUCUCAGCCCCACGGCCCAGCAGAAACGAGCAGAGCAGAGGAGGAGAGAGAUUCUUCUGUUAGGACCUGUGGUGCUGGAUUCUGAAGACGAAGAUGGGAGCUGCGAUGAAGAAGUGCGUGGUGAAGAGGAGCAAGGACACGAACAAAGGAGGGCAGGAGAAUCUCCAGAGGUGGAGCAGAAUGGAGCAAUGACUGGUUCUUCCUCUCGAAGCUCCAGCGGUGUGACGGGGAGCUUUGGGGACAGAGAAUGUUUGUCUCCAGAAUCCAGUCAAUCCAGUCACCAGAGCAAUGAGACUGGAGCCGCAACUUCAGGGAUUCAGACGGACAGUGGGAGUGCAGGUCCAGUUCCUUCAUUGCACUGUCAGAAGAUUGCUCGAGCUAAAUGGGAGUUCCUGUUUGGGACGUCUACAGAUGACCCUGCUGGCAAAAGAGAUAAAAAUUUCUUAGAAGCCCUCACGGCUCCUCCCAGUGGUAAUUCCAGUGAGUCUCCCACCCCGACUCCUCCAUCCUCCCUGCCUUUGCUGUCAGCCAAUCACGACGUUCAGCACGUGGAGGUAGAGCUGGUGACUCCUCCCCCAGCAAUCAUUGGGACGUCCCCCAAAACAGGCAUCAUCCGCCGGACUCUGAAGUAUUCUGAAACUGACCUAGAUGCCAUCCCGCUCCGGUGCUACCGCGAGACGGACAUCGAUGAGGUGUUGCUGGCUGAGCAGGACGACGGCGACUCCGCCUUUGGUAGCAACCGCAGUGUGCAAGGGACAUCUGGCACAGGGAGCAGUCCUCUGAGGGGGCUGGCUUAUGGGAGGACAGGUGUGGAGGAGGAAGAGGAAGGAGAAGGGGAAAGCAAUGAUGAAGAUGAUGAUGAUGAGGAGGAGGAAGUGGUGAGCUGGGCGAGUGUGAGGAUGCAAGGGGACAGCAGAAAGCAACGGUAUGCUGCUGAAGAGGAUCCAGAGGUGUUUGGACACCUUCUGAUAAGACCAAUGGAGACGUUUUUCGACAACCACAACCCGGCCCUCAAGUCCCCUAUCUUGGUCUCUGGGCCCCGCUGUGCCACUGAGGACACCUUCAGCAGCCACUUUGAGAACAUCAUGGAGUCUCAUCGAGCCAAAGGAACUUCCUACAACAGCCUGGACAGCGAGGAGCUACUGACCUCCAGCACACAAACCGUCCUUAGCUUUGAUCUGCCUACACUGACCCCUGCCAUCCACGGGCCGGUGUGCCAGAGCACCCGUCAGAUCGUGCAGCUCAGCUUUGCUCCAUUGGCACACCACGAGAGGCCCAGUUUUUCUGAUUCCAUCUUUACAAUGACGGGGGACUCGGACGCCACGCGAGCUCCCUCCAGUGAGAGGCUAAGCAGCGGCUCAGAUGACGUGAUGCCAAGAGGGCGAGACUAUACACACCUGGGGAGCAGCUGGUACAUCAACCCAUCUUUCUCUUUGUCCAGCAGGGAGAAGGGCCGUCUGGCGACAGACUCAGAGCUGGACCAGAACCUCAGUGACCGGCUGGGUCUGGGAAGCAGUGACACCUUGACCAACGGCAGCCACCGUGGAGAUGUGGCAGCUGCCAAACGUCUUGCCAAGCGUCUCUUUCACUUGGAUGGAUUCAGGAAAUCUGAUGUGUCACGCCACCUCAGCAAGAACAAUGACUUCAGCCGUAUGGUUGCAGAAGAGUAUCUAAGUUUCUUCAGUUUCACCGGCCUAACUCUCGACCAAGCACUGCGGACUUUCCUCAGGCAGUUUGCUCUGAUGGGAGAGACUCAGGAGAGGGAGAGGGUGCUGUCUCACUUUUCCAGGCGCUACUUGGAGUGCAACCCAAAAGCCCUGCCAUCUGAGGAUGCAGCUCAUACCCUCACCUGUGCUCUGAUGCUGCUGAACACAGAUCUAUAUGGUCAGAAUAUUGGCAAGAGAAUGUCGUGCACGCAGUUUAUUAGCAACCUGGAAGGACUGAAUGAUGGCCAAGAUUUUCCCAAAGAUCUGCUCAAAGCGCUCUACAACUCUAUCAAGAAUCAGAAGCUGCAGUGGACAGUAGAUGAGGAAGAGCUCCGGAAGUCAUUUUCAGAGCUGGGGGACAGCCUAGUAGACUCCGACGCCUCCAAGCCAAUGAAGAGGGUUGGUAGCAGUGGGAAACCCCUGUCAGAGCAUACGGAGCCAACAGGAAUGCUGCUGUACAAGAACGGAUUCUUGGUCCGGAAGGUCCAUGCCGACCCAGACGGAAAGAGAACACCAAGAGGGAGGAGAGGCUGGAAGACUUUCUAUGCCAUCCUCAAAGGACUAAUUCUCUAUCUCCAAAAAGGGGAGUACCGACCUGAUAAGCAGCUCUCGGAUGAAGACCUGAAAAAUGCUGUGUCUAUUCAUCACUCUCUAGCAAUGAAGGCGUCAGACUACAGCAAGAGACCCAACGUCUUCUACCUGCGGACUGCUGACUGGAGAGUAUAUCUCUUCCAGGCACCGAACGCUGAGCAGAUGCAGUCUUGGAUCACGCGUAUAAACACAGUGGCCGCCAUGUUUUCAUCUCCUCCCUUCCCAGCAGCUAUCGGAUCCCAGAAGAAGUUCAGCCGACCGCUGCUGCCAGGAACUAUGUCAAAACAUUCUGAGGAGGAACAGAUCAGAUCUCAUGAAGCCCGGUUUAGAGCCAUCUCCACUGAGCUCGCCGAGCUGCGCUCUUUUCCUCCUGACCGUAAAGUUAAAGGCCGGGAGCUGGAAGAGUACCGCUUGCGAGACGAGUAUCUGGACUUUGAGAAAACACGAUAUGGGACAUACAUCAUGUUGCUGCGGGCCAAGAUCCGAAGUCAUGAGGAUGAUCUAUCGGUGUUUGAGUCCCUGCUCCUUGAGGACAGCAGCCUGCAGAGGGCGCACUCCAGCCCUACGCUGCAGGACAGCAGCCAAGCCAGUCAGGCCAGCAGCAGCAGGGGAAAUAGCAGCAAAGCCAGUGCCUGCAGCAGCAAACCUCGACAGGAAGGCCAGAGACACAGCUACAGACAAGCUGUCAAGAAGUGAAGCCCGACAAGGGGCGCCGGGAGCGGCAUGUUGUCGUACCACCAGCGGCAGGCUGUCUCCCAGCGAAGGCUUUUAAUUUCAGAUCCAGGAGGGUUUUGGAGCUCUGCUUGAAGGGGGAGCAGGGGUGAGGGUCUUACUCCACACCCGUCCACAACCAUGACGCCCCACACGACGCCCCAGUCUUCUCGUGUUACCAAGGAGGUACAGAUCCAGCAGGGAGGAUGGUGCAGGAGGUGGGGGGGAACAGCUGUGAGGUCAGCGAUGUGCAGAGAGGAGGUGUCUUUGAGAACCAAUGCUGGAUGCAGCAGCAUCAGACAGAACAGUUCCUUAAAAAGGCUGCUUCCAGGUCAAAUGGGACACCACAGGGACCUACAUCCAGCAUCCUUUCUUUUCUCCCCCUUUACUUCUUUCAGGGCACCUCUUCAGCUACAUCCUCACAAGGUUUUUUUCUUAAAUCUUUCACUCUGUUAGGGACCAAACAUGUUUACGCACUUUUUCGUCACAUGAUUGAUUUUAGUCGAACUGACUCCGCCACUCUGACAAGAUGCGCUGUAAUCGACUUUUAUAACACCACCAAGUUUUUGGAGCCUCUACAUUCCAGCUCCUUCUUUCUGCUAAUGUCACAUCCUCUCAGUGUCGUUCACAUUCCACACAAGAGUUGAGAAUCACAGCUUUCAGCUCCAAUAAGGGCGGUGUGAGGUUAUUUUGGUGUUGCUACAGCGUGCACCAUGACUAGAUGACUCGGUUGCUGCUUCUCUCUGGCCAGAUAGAGCCAAAUCUGCAGAAGUUCCCAGUGCUUCUGCCAAGCAGCUAAAAAACUGCAUCUCUUUUUUUUGCUCUACUUGAACAAUUUUUUUUCCUGUUUUCUUUUGCUUCUUGCCGUGAUGUGCUUCUGUUCUCUUUCUUGGGCAAAUGUUUUUAUUUUUCUUUAUCCUGCUGUGAUAUGCAUGCCUGCAUCCAGCACAGCUUGUCUUAGGGCUUUUACUACUUAGACUAGAGACAAAAAAAGAAACAAGAGCGUCCAAAUUUCUCUCUGGGGUUGUUGAUUCACUCCUGCCUGUGCUAUACCUAACUGGUGUAACCUCCUAUGUAUACCGCUCAUUUUUAAGCCGACACUCACCUGGCAGGCUCCGAAUGUUGAUAUUUUUAAAGUAUUU